UUUAGUAAAUGAACAUUUUAGUUUGUGUAGGAAGGAAUGUUACUCCAAGUGUGAUCAGGAAGAUUCUGACAUGCAAGAGAUUUCAUCGCUUUUAUCUUUGCUCUGUCAUAAUUUCUCCGGAAAUCUAAAACCUUAGACGUACAGAAAUCACAUUCCACGCGUUUUCUCGUGUGUAUUUCUCGCUGCAAAGGUUACUCUCGGUACGCGGUCAGUAGUACGAUUGCAGCUCCCUUGGCAGCGGUACCCCGAGACCUUAUGUGAUAGAGUGGUCAUUGGUAUGGUAGAGGGACUCCUCCCCUCAUGUAGCAGGAGCGUAGGAUUCUUUUCAACUGCUGGUGUUUCAUGUGAUACAAGAUGGACUUCUGAUCUAAGGAGCUGGUCAGGGAUGAAUGAACCAGCCAAACUUUCCAGUGACUGAUGUUUAAACUACACAAAGUGAAAAAAGCCAUCAACACAACUACUCAGAACAAUAGAGACUCGCAUUCAAAUGAGGGAACAGCACACAGACCAGGAAAACCAAGAGAUCUUGUCCUAACAAAUAUCUUGGAAGAGGGGAGUUCUGUUGAUGAACCACGGAGCUUUGAACAAGAUGAGCAAUACCUGGAUGAGUGUUUGAAAGUGCUUGAUGGAAAUCCUGAGGAGCUACAGGUUGAGGAGUGUGAUAUAGAGGAGUAUGAUUUUGAUGACUACAAUUCAGUUGCAAGCACUGCUUCUCUACUCAACAUUCAUGCUGAGUUAGUGCAAGAAGAAAACAAUGCUUCCACAAGAAAUCUACCCAAUCUGUCACACACCUUAACAGCCAAUCAGGGCUCUGCAUUCAAGGCAUUUCAAUCAAGACGCAAAGUAGAAAAACAAACUGUCAUAAAUGGCACUGAAUCACUCAACAGUGCCUCGUCACCUCAUCUUCCUGAGCAGUUGUUAAGAAAUGCUAGAAUCUCUAAAGUUCAAGCAUCCAUUUCCAAAGUUAAUAAUUGGGGAAAAUAUGGUUCAAGUAGUGUGCUAAACACAGACAAGUGGAAAGAAAGUUUCCUUGAAGCUGCCCAAACAGGAGAUUUGAGAAGGAUGCAAGAUGCUUACAGCAAGCUAGGAGGAACAAGUGAAAUAGUGAUCAGAAUAACAGACUCUAGUGCGAACACAGCAUUGCAUAAGGCUGCAGAAGCUGGUAAUCUCCAAUGCCUUCAGUGGCUUGUAGAACGACUGCCAAACGAUUGUUUGAGGAACAUUACAAACCAGGAUCAUCUUACACCCCUGGCUGUAGCAAUUAAGUAUGGGAAAGUCCAUUGUGUACAGUGGCUUCUGGACGAUACUUCAGCUGCUGAUGAAAUUUCAAACAAUGCUGGCAGAUUUGCACUGAUUCAAUUGACAAUUCAGAAUGGACAAGAUGACUGCCUAAAGUGCCUCUUAUCAUACAUCAGUGCUAAAUACCUGGAACUUGAUGUCGCCAACACAGCUGGCGUCACACUUGCUCACGUUGCCGCCAGGGAAGGUCACAUGACUUGUCUCCAGACCCUUGUGGAUCACAACAUUGACGUCACCACCGAAGACAAAGAUGGCCGCUCUCCCGCCGAUUACGCUUACGCAGCUGGUCAAACUGGUUGUGCCCGUUACUUGGUGAUGGAAGAAUCGUGUUGGUUACUUUCUCAGAGGGUAGCGAAGUUACAUAGAGAACUCAAAGAUUGCAAAGAGGAGAAUAAAGACCUCAAACAAAGGCUAGAGUUCCUGGAAAGUCGGGCACGAACUGGUAUGCCAGACAGACCGGAAGCAGUCGGUGGAGACCAGAGCGAUACCAAUAGUACUGAGGCAACAAAAUCUACAGACGACAAACUGGGUAGUAAACUAACGGAUAGCCCGCGUAGCGACAGAAGUCGGGCCAGCGGCUCACCCGAUGGUGAAAGCCCAAAAGCUUUUGGACGAGAAAGAAGUGCCUAUCAUUAUCACAUCGACGGAUCUGAUCACAGCCCGAAACACAGACCGCUGUCCAACCGACGGCUGAACAGUAACGGGAUAGCAGUUAUGAACAAAGAGACUGAAGUGAUAAGCGCGCGUCAGUUUGAAGCACUAAAACAACAGAGGAGACUGGGCGCCAGAGGGAGUAUAGACUCUGGUGGUUCAGGAGUCUCACCGCCAAUGUCUUGGUCGGACACAGCUGGUGAAAACUCAACUAUGCAACAAGUUAUGGCGAAACAAAUAGCCGCCAAUACGCGCAGACUUGUGAUGUCCAAGCGUGCGCAGAAGGUGGAGGAAUCACCGCUAAUCAAGUCUAAACUGACUCCAGUCAGAGUCGACGGUGUCUCUGUGGGUGAACCGAGACUUAAAGGUCCCAGUCUCCAACUCCGUCCAGUCGACACGUAUCAUUCCGCAUCGUCAUCUCGCUCCCAUUCUCCUGCUCGGACAGACUCGACAUCAGGAAGCCGGCCUACGUCUGGGACUCCAAGAGAAGAAUUGAACGAGAUAAAUAAAAUAAAAAUAAAUAACGCCAGAGACGAGAAAAGAACUGCAAGCGAGGAUAGAGCGGGCACACCCGCAAGGUCACGAUCACUUGCAAACAGACGUAGAACGCCAACAUUUAGCUCUGAUAGCACGAUAAGUUCUGAUAGUGACGUUGAACGCAGUGCCCAGCGAAGCAGUGGACCGCGCCAUCGUCGCGGACACCCAUCUUCAAGUCGAACGAAAGACCACAAUACAAAUACAACGGGUGCUCGCCAAACUUUGCACAGGCAAGUCCCGGUUGGAGCAAAUAGAGCGAAGAAGACUGUUUCAUGGAAUGAAUCGCCGAAAGACACUAAUCUUACUAAUGUAAAUAGACAAAUUCCUACAGAGAGGCCCCGCAUACCUCCAAAACCGCCGGUGCGGACAACGUCACGUGAUAGUGGUGUCCCUAGAUAUGUACAAAAGGACAGAAAUAUGACCUCGCUAAAUGGGGUGAAGAGGAAUCUGGGAAGUGGUGUUGUUCCGUCUGUUAUAGUCCAAAAACCUGUAAAGCCAGUUGCGGAACAAUCAGGUCUUGACGUGUUAACAUACUCGCUGGAUGGAUAUCAACAGGACGAUAGACCAUGGUAUGAAACAGAUGAAUUUGAGUGAAGCAUUAGUAAAAGCUAGUAAACUGGAUGGAAAUACUCUACUCUUUCUCCUCGUCGUUAAGGGACCGCGUUAGUAAAUACAAUUAAAACAAUUAUUCCACGAGCGCGCGUUGGAUUUGAGAUGAUAGCCAAUCAUUUUUGAAAUUUCUUUCACGAUAUUUUUAAACCGAAAUAUUGGGCAAAAAUGUAUAUUCAGCUGUUUGUUCUUAAUCCAUUGCUACUUCAUGACGUAAGGAUUAUCAUUUAUCUGAGAAAAGGAGAUUAUGAAAACAUUCAAGUUACACCAUUUGCCCAUGUAAGAAUAUGUGAAGAAAGGAGAACUGUUGUCGGUUCUAGGUGAUAAUUUUACAUCUUGUAAAUAUGACAGUUUUAUUAACUUAUUACGAGAGUUCUAAAAUUUAUAUUGUAAAUAAAAUGGAAAAGCUUUAAAUGA